GAUGAGAGAUGGCAAUAGAAAACAAACCUGGGGACAAAUUUGACACCGUUUUCGGUCAAAGCGACUCCACUUAUGAGACUUCACCAGCUCGGAUCUUUAAGAUAAUAGUCAUUGGAGACUCAAACGUGGGGAAGACGUGUUUGACUUACAGAUUCUGCGGGGGCACUUUCCUGAAAAACCCCGAGGCGACGAUCGGGGUCGAUUUCAGGGAGAGGACGCUGGAGCUCGACGGAGAGAGUAUCAAGCUGCAGAUCUGGGACACGGCGGGUCAGGAGCGUUUCAGGAAGAGCAUGGUGGAGCACUACUACCGCAGUGUCCACGCCGUCAUCUUCGUGUACGACGUGACCAGCCUCUCCUCCUUCGAGAGCAUCCCCGAGUGGAUCGAGGAGUGCAGCCGGCACAGCGUGGGGCCCCUGGUGCCCCGCAUCAUGGUGGGCAACAAGUGCGACCUGAGGGACCGCCGGGAGGUCCCCACCACGGCGGCGCAGUGCCUCGCCGACAGCUACAACUUCCCGCUGUUCGAGACCUCGGCCAAGGAACCCUCCGAGAAGGAGCACGUCGACGCCAUCUUUCUGACUCUGGCGUACAGACUGAAGAGCCACAAACCGCUGCGACUGAAGCAGCCGAGAGAGAGCAGAGUCGGGCAGCUGUGGGACCAGAGAGAGCAGGAAGCAGCGACUUGUCAGUGCUGAAGUCACCUCCAUCCUGUAUGGAUGUACUCUUGAGUGUAGAGGUCAUCACAGGCCUUCUGGAUCGAUAAUGGUGCUGCUGGAAAGCCUGAGACUGAAUUCAGAAAGGCCUCUUAUGAUCAUGAGUUAGAAAAAGAAGAUACGUACCACUUUUUCCCUACCUGAUGCCAAGCAUAGCUUGUGACAGUAUGGGUCUAUAAGUUUGCACAAUAUGAAUUCAACAUUUCAAUGAAAAGCAUGAAUGGAAAUGGAGGUAUGCCAAACAUUUGUCACUGCACAUAAAAUUUUCUUUGAGUCAAAGAACAGAGCAUUGCAUAGUGCACUUUAAUAUGUAGACAAAUCAUAUGCAAUCAGCUGUCCAGUAGCACUACAACUCAUCUACAAUAUUCAACGCAGACAGUGAAUUAAGGGGCAAAAGAGAUUUCAGUGUAAUGAAACAGACAAACAAGGUCAAUUGAAACUGUGAAGAAAACCGUGCAAUCAUUUUUAAGUUAUGUUUAAAGUAAUAUUUCUGUUCUUUAAAUAAAUAAAUGCAGCAUGAUUUAUGGUGCUGUUGCUGAAUGUGUAUUUCUCAAAUAUAAAUAUGAACAUAACCAGCUUUGUGUCAGCUCAUUUGCCCACACAGUUCUUCAGAGAGAGUUCACCAAUUACAAAAUGUAGCUGUCUUUUGGGACGAAAUGCAUGAGUGAACAUGGAAACAUGGAAAUUGUUAUGCUGUAUGCAAGGUAUUGAUUGUAUGAGAUAAAAUCACAACUGACUGAUUUUUGCAUGUGUACAAUAAUGCAAACAUUUUCAAAAAGUAUGGAGAUCUGUGACAAUGUUACACUUCAACUUAAUAAAAGCGGUGU